CACAUUCGAAGACCAAAGACGCGCCUAAUUAAUCCUUUUGUCUCCAGUAUUGUAUAAAAACCUAUCCCGAAAGAAAAUUCUUCCCGCGAAAACAAAAUGCCACCAUUUUCAUAUGUUUUUUAAUUUAACUCUCUUCCUCGUUUUAAAUCAGAAAUCAGAAAUUAGACAUCAGAACAAUUUUUUUGGGUUUCCCUUCAAAUUUCGAUUCCGUUUCACCUAAUUUUCUAAUUUCGUAAAUCGCCGGCUAGGAGCGGCCAUGGUUGUUAGCUUCUCGCCGUUGUUUAACGGCGAGAGAGCCGUUGUUCUGCUUUUUAUCGGUUGCGUUCUCUUCUCCGUCCGCCUCUCUCUGCUCUUCCACGGCUCCAUUCUCGGUCUCCUCGCUCUUUUCGCUCUUUACAUCGAGAUAUGCGCUGAAACUACUUCUUCCUCUUCCAUUUCUCAAUUCAAAACCAGGCCUGCUGCUUCGUCGGGGAUUUUGCUAGGUGCAGUUACAUUACCUGCUGUUAUGCUUUCUAAAUUGGUACAGCUUUCAAGGGCAUUCUCAUUGCAUCAAAUUGAAUAUGAAGAACUUGAUUACAUGUCAGUGCAAUAUUGGGCCGCAGUUGCUAGCUGCUUCAGUGUACUUAUGUUCCUACGCUUGGUCAUGUGGCAUUCACAUAGCUCGUGGGCUGCUAAGUUUAGCUUUGGUUGUUUUCUUUUAUGUGCAGCGCAGUUGAUAUUGUCUACUGCUGGUAUAUCAACAGCAUUAAAAUUACUGUGGGUGCUCUCUCAUGGAUUUGCAAGUGUGAAAUUGGUGCAGCAUCUUCUUAAUACAUUUCCAUCAUGUGCUUCCAUUGGAGAAACACUUUUGGUGACUAUGGGCCUUGUUCUCUACUUUGGUGACAUGUUGGCUUGUACGAUCACAAAGCUUCAAGGAUACUUGAUUUCAUCUGAGUCAGUUCCUUUUCAGUAUGGAAUUAAGAGAAGUGAGAUUAGUACUAUCAUUCAGGGUUUACUUCUUGGUCUUCUUCUCUUCCCAAUUGUCUUUAAAUUUGUUCUACGGUUAUGGGCUUGCUUUUUCAGUGGAACAACCUCUGGAUCAGUGCCAUAUAAUGAGAGAGAAAGAGCUUUUCUAUUUUUUGCUUCACUUGGUCUUAUCUUGGUUUUGAUCAUCCCUACAUGGAUGCAGUUUGUCCAGGAUUUUCAAGUGCAUCCAUUGUUAUGGGUAAUAACAUUUGUCUUUUCGGAACCAGUUAAAAGACUUUCAUUGUGUAUCUAUUGGGUAUGCGUAAUAUACAUUUCUGUUCCACGGUUUUACAACAUAUCAAAGAGUAGUAAGAUUGAGCGGAUUCUUCUUCGAAAGUACUACCAUCUGAUGGCUGUUUUAGUGUUUCUACCUGCAGUUAUCUACCAGCCAAGAUUUCUUGAUCUUGCAUUUGGUGCAGCCUUGGCAGUUUUCUUGACCCUGGAAAUUAUUCGAGUAUGGAGAAUUUGGCCAUGGGGACAACUCAUACAUCAAUUUAUGAAUGCAUUCACAGACCAUCGCGAUUCUGAUCUCCUCAUUGUCAGUCACUUUUCACUACUAUUGGGAUGUGCGCUUCCCAUUUGGAUGUCUUCUGGGUACAAUGACCGACCUCUUGCUCCUUUUGCUGGAAUUUUGAGCCUCGGAAUUGGGGAUACGAUGACCUUUUCAGGAAUGGUAAGACAAAGAAGAGUUGGAAGGGGGCAUGAAGAAUAUGACGUGGCACCAGCAUCAUGAUUGACAGUUUCUUGGCACUUUAGGUUGAACCUUAGCACUCUUGGAGAAUUUUAGACCUCUAUUCAAAUUGGGUCAAUAUUUUAUCGAAUCUUUCAGCCCAGCUGAUGCUCGUAACCUUCUAAGCGAUUGAGAAUAACUCGUGUGACUUUUGCUGUAUUUCUGGAUAUAAUUGAAGAUUGAGACCAAAAAAAGAAGACAGAAUCUUAAACUGCAGUGUCUUACUGUAGAUUUUCAUGGGUUUCUGGAGUUGGAUCUAGAUUUUCCUGUAGUUCUCUGGGACUAUAAUUUAGCUGAAGUUAAUGUUGAAAUUCUGAUGACAGGAAUUUUUAUUUUUUGCUCUAGUUGUGAGUAUUUUCGGACAUUGUAUCUUGGUUGAUACAGUAGUUAUUCAAAUUGGCAGGAUGCAUGUGUUCAGUUGGCCAUUGGGAUUCUUAGGGCCUGAAUAAUUAUAUCUUAAGGUUGCUAUGCAUCAACAGGAAAGGAAUCUGAUAAUUGAUGUAAAUGACAUUGAUUAAACCCAUAGUAUUACCAACCAGUGUGUUAUUCUAUGGUUUUGUUCAUACUUGUUGUAUCUUUUAUAGAAUAAAAAUAUGGCUUUGCUUUUA